UUUUUUUUUUUUUUUUUUCUCGCGCCGUUCCCGUACGCGUCGAGUACCCCGCGACCAGUGUGAUCCGCGCGUACGACAAUACACUAACAGACGAUAUCCGCCGCGCCCCCGCCGGCCGAGUGCUUCGCGCGAUAAUUAUUUAUUCAUUAUUUUUUCCUCGCCCGUUCCGAACAUCCGGGUGUGACAUUAUGACGCGGUUUUCGAACGGCAUAUUCGAGACCUGACGUCGUUCGCGCGUGCGCCGCGUGUUUGAGUGUGCGUUUUUCUCUGCCCGUCCGUCCGUCCCCGUGCGCACGUACGAAGGAGACUCGCGCGGUAACACACUACUGCUCUUCGCGCGUCCGAGUACCGAGCCAGCAAGCAGCAGCAGCAGCAGCAGCAGCAGCAGAAGCCGUCGUAGCGGAGUGCGCACCAGCACUGCCCACCGAGCCAUCCGUUUAGAUGAACAUGAGUUCGUAUCAGUUCAUGAACUGCUAUCAGCAGAGCCAACAGCAACAGGGCCGGUCCGUCACGUCGCCCGCGGACCCGCUGCAGACGGGCAACAGUCCGGGCGGCGGCGGCGGCGGCGGCGGCGGAGGCUCAGCCGCCGACUACUACGGGCAAGCGGCCCAGGGCGGCGGCGGCGGAGUCGGUGGCGGCGGCGGCGGCGCGUACAACGCCGGACCCGCGGCCGGAUGCUAUUCGCCGCAGCAGUACGCGACGCAGUACAUGCAACAGUCGUCGCCGUCCAUGAUCGACUACACGCAGCUGCACUCGGUCAACCACCAGCAACAGCACCAGCAGCACCAGCAGCACCAGAGGCUGCAGGCCGUCGCGGCCGCCGCGGCCGCCGGCGCUCACCUCCAGCACCUCCAGCACCACGGCGGCGGCGGCGGCGGCGGUGUGGUCGGCGUCGGCGGAUUGCCGUCGCCCGGCGGUGCCAUAUCGCCCAUAUCGUCCGCGCUCAACAACAACGUGGUCGGCAUGCCGUCCGCAGCCGGCGGCGUUCAGUGCAAGUACGAGGUGACCGCCUCGGCCGCGGCCACGCCGAACGGCAUCAGCUCGCCGCAGGACCUGACCACGUCCACGGCUCCGCCGCCCGGCGCCCGGUCGCCACCGCCGGCCGCCAUCAUGAAGUCCGUCCGGUCGUCCGGCGGCGGCCCUGUGGCCGGAUCUUCGCCCGCUGCCCAAGGCCCCAUCUCGCAGACGUCCUCGUCUCCCGCCUCGUCCAUCUCGUCCACGUCGUCCAACGGUGGCGGCGGCGGCGGCGGCGGCAACGGUCCCGCGGCCUCCGGCGGCAAACAGGGCUCCGGCCAGAACCCGCCGCAGAUCUACCCGUGGAUGAAAAGAGUUCACCUCGGCCAGAGUACGGUGAACGCGAACGGCGAGACGAAACGGCAGCGCACGUCGUACACCCGUUACCAGACGCUGGAGCUGGAGAAGGAAUUCCAUUUCAACCGGUACCUGACCCGUCGGCGGAGGAUCGAGAUAGCGCACGCGCUGUGCCUGACCGAGCGCCAGAUAAAGAUAUGGUUCCAGAACCGGCGGAUGAAGUGGAAAAAGGAGCACAAGAUGGCCAGCAUGAACAUGGUGCCGUACCACUACCACAUGGCCGCCCAGCCGUACGGCACCCCGUACCCGUUCACGCACCUGACCACCUGAGAUUCGUAUUAUUAAUUUAACGGUACCGUUUGAGGCGCCCGAGCCCGGCCGCCUCUCGAAAUCGCGCGCGCGACGCGAUAACACUUAUGGUAAGCCAACCGUUAAAUUAAUAAUACGAAACAAUCGCACAACAACAACAAAAACUAAAACAACAACAACAACAACAACAACAACAACAACAGCAACGCGUGCAACGAUACACGCGUCCAACGCGCAACGACGCGCACGUGCAUUAUUUAUCACAAUAAUUGUACGCGCACGCGACGCGGCGGUUUUACCGCGCGUAACGCCGUCGCGGACCGACGCGCGCGCGUACCUCCGUGCGCGUUCGCGACAUCGGAAACGGGUACGCGGGUCCGCUGCUGACGUUCUUACCGGGCGUCCGCGAUAUUGUAAUGUGUACGAACGUUAUCCGCGUACGUGCAUAACGUUUCAUUGUUUUACCUACACGUACCUGCCGUACAACGACGAUAUUAUUUUCGUGUGCAUAGCAAUGUAUAAAGUGUACAUACAAGUAUAUUAUUAUGAUUAUUAUUAUUAUUAUUAUUAUUAUAUAAAAACAAGCAUGUAUUUUUAUUCGUCAACGUCGCGAUUUUCGUUUCGUUUUGUUCGUGAUGUUUGAUUUUGUCUCACUUAUUUGUAUCGCAUCGAACGUAAUAGUAUUAAUGUUCUUUCAUACACACACACACACACACACACACACAGAUGAAUAUUUAUCAUAUUAUACGCUCGUGUGAUGUGUAUAUUAUUUUAUAUCGCAAUGUGUGCAAUAAUGGUUUAUAUAAAGUGUGUGUAUAUAUAUAUAUAUAUAUAUAUAUACGUAUAUCUACGUCGGACGAGAAAAACAAAAAAAAAAAAACAAAUAAAAAUAACACUUUUCCGUUUGUUUUUCGUCGGCACGCAAAAGUCGGAAACCGAACGUUUCCUUCGCCCACCCGUGGCUUUUCGAUCGCGCGCAAAUCCGGACCACUACGACGACGGUUGCUGCCAGUUGCAGUUUUAAUAAUAAUAAUAAUAAUAACAAUCAUAAUAAUAAUAAUAAUAAUGUAAUAAUAAAAGUGUUUCCGAAGAUUAGAACCCGAAAACGGACAUCCGGUACGCAGUCCGGUACGCGGUACGUUUCGAACGCCGUCGUCCGCGCGGUCCGCGGCGGAAAUCGACCGCUUGUCCCGUCGUCCGCGUCAUUCCCUUGGCCGCAACGGUCUAGGCCCGGCCGUCGAGGGCUGCAGUGCACCGGUGGCGGCCCUUGAACGGGACCGCGCGGGCAUCGCGAACCGCGUUCACAAACAGCGCCCCUUCGCCGCGUGGACGCGCGUUCGCGCCGCUCGACCGGGGGCGACGCGUUUACGCGCCGGACGGACGCGGCGAAAACGAAUCGCGUUGAAACCGCGUGCCGGCCACGCGUACUCGAUGUGUUCGCGACGCGUUCGAAUUUGUUUACCGACGCGCGUUUCGUCUCGCGUAGCAAACGGAACGUGUAAAUAAUAAACUAUCGUAUACACACAUCGUAUUGUUAAACAAUAUACAUAUAUAUGUAUACUCUAAUAGGGAAAGUUAAUGUAUAAAUAUAUUUAUAUAUGUAUACUUAUAAACGCGUUAUACGUGUUGUAUUGCGCUGUAAAUAUUUUCUGUACAUGUGUUAACCCAGAGUCUGUGAUUUUUCUUUAUUUUAUUAUUAUUAUUUUUAUUGUCAUCAUCAUCAUUAUUAUUAUGUUUUAGUUUUCGAGAA